UUUUUCUUUGUAUAGCGAUUAUUGUGUUCCAAACGGACCCUUAGGGUAACUUGUAAUAUGCAGUUGCCUGCCUGCGUGGGCUGCAAAACAUAGUUUUCCAAAUCUUGCAUCAUUCUAAGUGAUUCUUGUGGAAAUUGUUAACUGGUGGAGCUCUCAGGAUCAGUCAGCAGCCAAUACUUGACUGCUUUACUCAUGGCUGCUCCCCUCGCUUUAGGCGACGUGGAAAUUGAAAUAAUCGAUAAGCUGAUCUCCGUCCCUUAUGUUGAAAUGACUAUAAAGUUGAUGGAACGUUUUGGGGUCAGCGUAGAGCACAGUGAUAGCUGGGACCGGUUCUUGAUCCGUGGAGGUCAGAAAUACAUAUCUCCCGGAAAUGCGUACGUGGAAGGUGAUGCUUCAAGUGCUAGUUAUUUUUUAGCUGGUGCAGCUGUUACUGGGGGUACCAUCACAGUUGAAGGCUGUGGAACAAGCAGCCUACAGGGGGACGUUAAGUUUGCUGAGGUUCUUGGAAAAAUGGGAGCCGAAGUUUCAUGGAGAGAGAACAGUGUCACAGUGAAAGGGCCGCCACGUCAACUUUCGACAAGGAAACACUUACGUGGCAUUGAUGUGAACAUGAAUAAAAUGCCGGAUGUCGCCAUGACCCUUGCCGUAGUUGCACUAUUUGCUGAUGGCCCCACCACGAUUAGAGACGUUGCUAGCUGGAGAGUUAAGGAAACCGAGCGGAUGAUUGCUAUAUGCACCGAACUUAGAAAGUUGGGAGCCGCGGUGGAAGAAGGUCCAGAUUACUGUAUAAUAACCCCACCGGAGAAACUAAACGUGACAGAAAUUGACACUUACGACGACCACAGAAUGGCAAUGGCAUUCUCUCUGGCUGCUUGCGCGGACGUGGCCGUGACCAUAAAGGAUCCCGGUUGCACUCGCAAGACCUUCCCAGAUUACUUUGAUGUUCUUGAAAAGUUCUCCAAGCAUUGAAAGUUCUGGUUGAAGAAUCUUGAAACAGCUAUAUAUUAUUCAUUACCCUGCCUGCCAUGCAUGAUGCUUUGGUUUCUGCCUCAGCUGGAUGAUGCUUUACAAACAUAUCAGGCAUCAAAGUUAUGUGUUUUUGUGUUCCAAAAACCGUGGAGAAGAACAACUAGAAGGCCCUUUUUUUUGGAAUUUCAAGAUUCCAUUUGUACCAUAGUGAUUUGACUGCUUGAAAGUUUGAUGUUUUCUUCUUCUGUUUGAAAAUUUAAUAAACUUGAUCUUAAUGU